UUUUUGCCCAAAAUCUCAUUACAUGAAAAAACAAGGAGACUGAGCUGAGCUGUGAGCUCCACAUAUUCCCUCUCUAUCCAUGGCUGCACUCUUUUCUUCCAGCUCUCUCCACUCUUUCUCCUCUCUUUUUCCUUCUUCUUCUUCUUCUUCUUCUUCUCUUUAUUCUUGCUCGUUUCCAUGUACUCAUUUUCUCCCACAGACACUCCCAUCGAAGCCAGAAAUCGUCACUCCAACCCGUUUCUGCUGUAGCCGUAGAUCACUCCUUAACCGUCCCCCGAAUCUCGUUCUCCACCCUUUUUUCUUGCUUACUGGCUUUGAAAGGCCUUUGGAUACUCAAACUGCUCUUGCCAUUGUAAGCGUCGUCGCUGCCAUUGCUCUUUCUCUCUACUUGGGCCUCAAGGGAGAUCCUGUGCCUUGUGAUCGGUGCGCGGGAAAUGGCGGCACAAAAUGUGUGUUUUGCAACGAUGGCAAGAUGAAGCAAGAAACAGGGUUGGUAGAUUGUAGGGUGUGCAAAGGUGCAGGAUUGAUACUCUGUAGAAAGUGCGGGGGUUCUGGAUAUUCCAGACGCCUAUGAGCUUGAGUUCAGCACAUAUUUUUGACCCAUAGACAAAUUUCCAGAGGAUUCAGUUCUUUUCCCCAGGUCCUUAUCUUGUUUUCCUCCUAUUUAUUCUGUAAAUCAUUUCCCUUCUCUUGUAUCCAACAACUGGUGUAAUUAUAGUCAACUGUGAAUGACAGAAAAUGUAAAACUGAUUCUAAUGCAGCUUUUCUUCGCAUUUAGGCAUUAAUUCAAUUUUUAAAUCCA